GAGACUAAUAAAAGGUAUUGGCCACAUCACAACAAUAAAAAAAUCUAAUAAUCCUACACCAUAUUUUCAUUAACGUCAACUGAAGAGAUCUUGCUGUAGUGUUAGUAGCAUUUUUAUACGCAUAAUGAAGCGGCUUGUAAUAGCUUACCGAUCAAACAAUAUGAAAUGUGGUAUUCUAGGUUGGUCUAUCUCACGACGUCUUUCCUCGGACAAAUAUAUAAACAAAAAAGUUAAGGAAAAGCUUCUCCAUGAUGAUGACGGUCAUUGGAUUGAAGCUGAAAUGGAUAAGAAUAUUAAUGCUCCAGAGGAGCAGUACGCUCAUGAAAAAGAAAUGGAACUCCUUAAAAAGAUGGCCAAGAAGAUAGAGAAGGAAAAAGAGGAAGAUAUAAAUAAAAAGAAGGAUUCCUAGUCUAGCCUCUUUUUGAACAUAGUCUAAAUAAAUCGAUCAUUAAGAAAAAAUACUAAUCAGCUGAAGACCUGGUUGCACAUAACUUAUAGAUACUAUAUUAGCAUUUUUUGAUUUUAUAACGAAGUGAUGCUACACCCUUCUCCCUUAAAACAAAUGAAUAUCAAAUACCUAUUUGGAAAGUAACUUGCGGAUGCUAUCGUUACAUACUUCUCUACAUUAUAUAAACUCCUUAUGGACGUGAAUAGGAAAAACAAUCUCAAUUAAGAAUGACAGAAUUUAGCUAUUAGAGACGAAUAGCGGCUUUCAUAUGUCAGUGAAAACAAAAGAGGUAGAAUCAUCUUGAUUAUAUAUUUAUUUAUAUUUAUAGGAAUAUUUUCUAUUUAGUAAGUAGCUGUAUAUGUUAAAUUAUACUUGAUAUUUUUUUAUUAUUUUACCACUGAUUUAGACUAUUCAAUUUAGUAAAUAAUAAUAUAAAGUUAGGAAACCUAAAACAUAUCUGUUUUGGAAUUUGUGGAAGACCAAAUCAGAUAAAAUGCUCAUAGGUAAUUAUUUCAGAUUUUAUUUCACUCCUUAUAGGUAUUAAUUAUAUUAGAUAUUCUUUCAAAGUUUUUCGGAAGUAAUUAAACUUUUUUGAACCUAUGCUUAGUAUUGAAGGGAGAGGGCACGAGUACUUGCAUAAUUUGCUCAUAUUAUAUAAGCGUCUUCAUUCAA